AUGAUAUCUACCACUGCAAGUAGUAAAAUUAAAAACCUCAAGUUAUCUGAGGAUUCCGAGGGUCCUGACCGUGAAGAAAUUACACAUGAAAACACAGCGGAUGAUAAUGUCAGAGGUUAUGUUGGGCUAUAUGAUGCCUCCUCGUCUUUCGGAGGUCCGAGAGAUAUUCGCUUUCGAACCCGAGGUCGAGUGUCUGAAUUUCGCCAUUCUCGUGGCUAUGGUAGAGGGGGGACAAGAGGUCGUGGCGGUUUCCCGCCACGGUGCGAACGUGAUGAAAAUCCCUUUAAAUAUCACGAAUCGUUAGCUUCAACGAAUAAUGAAACUUGGCCUCAAGGGAACAGUAAAUUUUAUGAACGGUCAGACCUGGUUGUAAAUUUACCUGAAGAUCCCCGUAUAUCUAAGCUAUUACGUCGUUUAUGUGCGGAAGUGGAUGUGGAAAAAUCGAUUAUAAUAUGCAGUAAGCUUCAAGAGGCUGUCAUGUUACCAGAAAAUGCUAGAUAUAUUAGAAGAUCUUAUGAUAUAUUAGUUGAGUCACUGUUAGAUGUCCUAUAUGAUGCUCCAGGCAUAGAUACUAAAAAGGGUGCAGCUGCUGUGUUGGGCAGGAUUGGUUAUGUUAUGGGACCAGAUUUUCGGAAACAUCUUGAUUGGAUUGCUUCUACAUACAAUGUACACAACAGUUGUAUCAAGCAUUUUUUAACUCUAUCAUUUUUAGAAACUUAUCAGUUGGACCUGCAAACUCCUAACUUAACAGAACAUGCUGAAAUGGCAUUAGAGAGACUUCAGGUGAUCAUAGAAGGUACUGAUUCUUGUGAUGUUUUUAUGGCAGCAAUUGAUUCAAUGAUUGUAUUGUCAAAUUCCUAUCCAGAAUAUUUUGCAAAUCAUUUUGUUGAUACUGUGGAUAUCCUGGUGGGGUGGCACGUAGACAAUGGCCAACCAAAGAAGAUUAAAGAGUUUGCUCUGCAGUCAUUGUUCAAACUAAGCAGACAUUGGCAAGCAGAUGUUGGAUUUUCAGUCAACUUACUAAAUCAAUUUAUUGAGGACAUGCUUGCAUACUCUGGGAUAGACGAUAGAAGUGAGAAAGAAGAAGAGACUGCUCUUGAAGAAUGCAUGCAAAAAAUUGGAUCAUUCUUCAAUGUUUUCAACACAGUGGUAAAGAGUUUGGGAUCUUUGCUAAGUCCCACUGUGUCUCAUUCAGUAUCUUGGACAUUCAUCUCUGAUGCUUUAACUAAGGUUCUUCGGGUAUUAACCAUAGUCUUAAAACCAGAAGCUGAAACUGAUUUAAUCUUAUCAGGCAAUGAAUGUAUUACACUAUUACUAGGCCUCUUACAGACUAAGUCAUCAGCUUGUGCACCUGCCUUGUUUACUUUAAUAUCAAGUGAAAUGAAAAAUUUUUUGCAUUUGGAAGAGAGUAUCUGCCUCAGUGUAAUUAAUCUUAUAUCAAUCUCCAUUAAGGAAAUUUCAUCAAAUCUACCUAUAGAUUUUAUAUCACAAACUAUUGGCCCAGACUCCCUGUUGAAACCAUUGCGAUUUACACAAAAUAUACAGAUUUUAAGAAACCUCUUGACAAUUUAUAGCUAUCUACUUAACCUCAAGAACAUUCCACUUCUUCAAGAAGCUUAUAAAUAUGUUUUGACAGAUAUCCAAAAUUCAAUUUCAGUUAUAAUUCCAGAGUUACAAAUAGUGAAUGUUGAGUACUCUGAAUUAUUGAAUAAGGAUGACGCUGAAAGGAACAUCGUAUUUUAUCUUCAGUGUUUAUCAGAUUUGGCAAAUGCAAGUAAUUCGAUUAUUGGAAUGUGGGCCUUACAACCUAGUAUUUUAGAGUUACUGGCAAUAAAGAUGUGUCCUCACAAUAUAACACUAACAAAAGACAGACCAGCCCUGCAGUACUCUAUACUUUAUUUGCUAUAUUCACAUUGCAAAAAAAAUAACCAUUUCAUAGCUUCCAGUGAUCUUGUGACAAACACUCACCAAAGAACUAAUGAUUUAUUUGGGCUGUCAAAGCUAAGUUUGGGUGACGUUUCUAGUACCAGCCCAACUUGUGGUCAUUUAGGCAUAAUUCUACACACUUUAAGUAUUGUUCUAGAUGAACAGGUUCACAAAGAAACUUUGCUACUUAUUGUUAAUUGGAUUUCAGAUAUUUUUUGUCAAUUAGACAAAUAUUUACCAAUAGUCAGCUUAUCUAAAGAAUUCCUCAUUUUGACAAAAAAUAUGUUAAACUUGGCUUAUAGUUUUGACAAUGACCUGGUACUUCAAAUUAUCAAAAAUUGCCUUUACUUACUUAGAAAUGGGAGCCUGACCUGGAAUGUUAUACCUUUGAAAACAUUGACGAUGAUCUGUAUACUUCACCUUGACAAUAGAAAUAAAGUUGUUUCAAAACUUUGUAAGGAUGUGCUGUUUCAGCUUCCAUGGGAUAUAGUGCAACAAGAAUUAGACAAACAAAUUGUGAAAUUAUAUACAUCUCGCAAGGAAGGCUUUUCUGUCAUUAACUGUAAUACCAAAUUUAACUCUUUCAGGGAGUUUCUUAUGAAAGGAUCAUUUUCAACACUACCUAACCAUCACUUUAAAUUGAUAAUUGAUUGCCUGGUGGCAGUCAGAGAUAAUGAUAAACAAUUUUUGUUUGAAAUUUUUAACUUAUCAUGGCCUUUGCACUCUUGUGAAAAUGAGGAAACAAAUCUUUUAUUUUUUCGACAAAGUGCCACAAAUUUCUCAGGUAUAUGUAUCAGUUGGGCUCUGUCUGAAGCUGCACACACUUGUAUUUCUCUUAAACUCCGAACAGUUUUAGGAAAACCCCAAGAGACAUUUACAAAAAUUGAAAGUGCAUUAAAAGGAGUUGCAAGGGAAAUAUCUUCCCAAGAAGACAAAUAUGUUGCCGGAGCUGAGUCCAUAUUAAAUUUGGUUCUUGUAGAGCUAACUAGAGCACGGUGGUUUAUCGAGUUUAUGAUGUUUUUAGAAAAAUAUACAUAUAAUGCAGCUGAAGGCACGGCAUCUGUAUUACCCGCAGUUGCAAAGCCCGUAAAAACAUUUUUUCAUACUAAUUGGCCGACCUGCCGAGAAUGGCAGAACCGAGUUAGACCAGCAGCUUUGGCAGUAAGCUUAUAUGCAGGGCAUUAUGGAGCUACCAUUUACCACGCUUCUCUGUUACUUGAAAAUGCCAUAAACAAAUCUAAUAUUGAUAUUGAAGCAAUUGUAAUCAGCUUAGCACAAGCACUCAUAAAGUUACAAGAGCCUGAGGUAUUGCACGGGCUAUAUGUAUGGAUAAAAACAACUUUUGAUAUAAAACUAUCAUGGCUUCGAGCUGCAGCUGAACAAGCCAAUGGUAGGUAUGAAAUGGCUAUCGAAUACUACAACAAGUUUAAUGACCUUAAAAAAAUUGAUGGUGAUUUCUCAAUUUCAAGUGACACUAGGUUGAGAAAAUUUAUUACUGAGAACAUUAUAGAUAGCUACAAAAAUUUACAAAACUGGGAAGAACUGACUGAAUGGUUGAAAACCGUUGAUAAAAAUAAUGAAAUGGACAGUGAUAAAUACAAUAUAUUGAGAUUGUUCGAAGAAAAUAUUGAAGGUAAUCUUUGUGACUGGAAUAAUUUGGAUCUUGAAAUUAAGGAAAUACCUAAACAUGCUUGCUCAUAUCAGGAUUUAGUUAGCAAAUUAGAUUCCGAUCUGACUACAAUGGCUAUAAAUAUAUUCCAUGAUGACUAUAAUGACUUCUACGAUACAUUAUUAAAUGAGCGUGAAAACUUACUUAAUUCAAGUACAGAUGAAUUUGCAAGAAAUAAUUCAAUUAAUUUCUUAAAGGAAAUAGCUGUUAUUCAAUUAGCUAACCAUGGGCUUCAAAGUUUAAAAUCUGGAAAAACUGUAGUGAAUCCAUUUAAACCGUCAAUCAUCAAAGAAUGCAGAUAUGGAACUGAAAUGAAAAAUCUCACUAAAGUUUUGUGGUGGAACCAAUAUUUUAUGAAGUUAAAUAUGAGCGAAGAAAACAUAUUUUACAAUGAAUGUCUAAGAUUAGAUGUUGUAAAAAGUGCAAGAAAGAAUGUUAAUUUAAAAAUGGCGAAGCAAGAAUUGUUAAAGCAUUUUAGAAAUAAUGUCUCAUUUCAACUUUCCUUUAACAUACACAACUUGGAAGAUUUAUCAGAAAUACUCGUAAUGUCGCAUAAUAUUUACGAGAUUGAUAUUUGGACUUUAAAUAAUGCCACUGCUCUCACUGAAUUGUGCAAAGUUACAUACGCUAAAGAAGAAUCUAAAUUAGCUGCCAUUAAUUUAUGUGCUAGUAUUGCUCUAAGUUUUUCUCAGCGAUUAGCAAUAGGCGAACACAGUUACGAGCUUCGAGAGAAAGCUACAAGAAUGUUGUUGACAUUAUCAAAAUGGGUUCAAAAUGAAAACGAUAAUGUUUUAGAAAAUGAUUCACCGUUAACCAAAUUGGUUUCGGCUCUUCCAGAAAUUGGCUUGGUUGAUAACAACAUAUCAGAAAAUGUAAUACCCAUUUCAGACUCGGCGGUAGGAAAGCUGUUGCAGUUUGGUGUUAAUCAAUGUCCUGGGUUGGCAAAAGCUUGGGCAAAUUUUGCCGCAUGGUGUUUCAGAUGGGGUCGGAAGAUGGUUGAAUUUAGCUCAAAAACCGGAGAACAAUUAACGGACAAUGAUAAAUUACAAAUUGAAAGCGUAAUGAUUGGUUGCUCGCCGCAAGAUUUUGAGGCUGUUUGUGAAAUAUUAUCUAAAACGAAAGCUACUUGUGAUGAAGACGACAUUGAUUGGAACGAAAUAAAUACUUCAGAGAUGAUUGAAAAUCAGUUGCGCACUGUACCAUCUUUAAAUAAUGCAUUCCCGGAACAUUUGGCUCUUCUGGUGGAUAUUUGGCGACAAGCACAAAAAAGAGUGUUUUCCUACUUUGAACUUUCAGCCGAUGCUUAUUUCAAAUUUUUGCAACUGAUUUGUGCCUCAGACUAUAUUAACCACAGUGGAGAAAAUGCUGUAGUCAAUGCUACACUUAGAUUACUUCGGCUGAUAGUAAAACAUGCUAUGGAGCUGCAGAGUGUUCUCGAGUCUGGUCUUGCAAAUACCCCUACACAGCCCUGGAAGGUCAUUAUUCCCCAAUUGUUUUCCCGUCUAAAUCAUCCUGAAACCUACGUUAGAAAAUGUGUGUCGGAUUUGCUUUGUCGCCUUGCGGAAGAUACUCCACAUCUCAUUACAUUUCCAGCUGUCGUGGGAGCUGUUGAAAAUGAACAAAACAGCAUAACAGAACUACACGUUCCCCGAUCUUAUCUUUCAAAUGACGAUGUUGAGAGUGACGAGGAUAAUCUGGAUAUGGAGGACAAUGCCAGCGACAAGACAUCUAACAAUGAGUUGAACUCUUGUUUCUUGGACAUGGAACAGACGCUUGCGAAACAAGCGCCCACUACUAUACUUCAGGUUAAAUUGUUAGUGAAAGAGCUGCAACGAAUCAACUUACUUUGGGAUGAAUUAUGCUUAGGUACACUGGUACAACACCACUCCGAAUUCAAUAAACGCCUUUCUCAAUUAGAAAACGAAAUAGUCAAAGUACAAAACAACGCUAACUUAGUAGCUGAAGAAAAGGAAAAGCUUAUUCAGGAAAAGCAUCGUAUUAUUUUUGAACCGAUCGUUUUUGUGCUAGAACAACUUCAUCAGAUAACUUCGGUUAAACCAGAGACGCCACACGAGAUAUCUUUUCAAACCAAAUUUCAAGCAACAAUCGUUGAAGUUAUUGAUAAAGUAAAGAAUCCAUCGAAUCCGGAAAAACCGCAAGAAUCAUGGGCACCAUUAAAGCAAUUUCAAUUAAAGUUGCAACAAAAAGUCAACAGAAGAACUUCAUACUUCUUAAAAAUGUCGGAUAUAAGCCCUGUUCUAUCGGAACUGAAGGAUACCGUAAUUACGAUGCCUGGCUUACAUACAAAUCAAAGAACAGUGAGAAUAACUAUCAAAUGCAUUGAAAACAAUGUCGCUAUUUUACCCACCAAAACUAGGCCAAAGAAAUUGGUUUUCUACGGAUCCGACGGAAAAGCAUAUACAUACUUAUUCAAAGGACUCGAAGAUCUUCAUUUAGACGAAAGAAUCAUGCAACUAUUGUCUAUUACUAAUACGAUGUUGGCACGUGACUGCGAAGACAACAACAACCAAACGUACAGAGCCCGUCACUACUCUGUGAUACCGCUCGGACCGCGCUCGGGCUUGAUCAGUUGGGUGGACAACGUCACCCCACUCUUUGCACUCUAUAAGCGCUGGCAGAACAGAGAAGCCGCCCUGCUGACGUCUAAAACUAACAAGACCGCGAACGUGUUAAGGCCGUCGGAAUUGUUUUACAAAAAACUCAAUCCGCUUUUGAAAGAGGCUGGAAUAUCCCCGGAGAAUAGGAAGGAAUGGCCCACGUCUACUUUGAAGCAAGUGUUGGACGCUCUCUCUGCAGAGACUCCUCGUGACCUUCUCUGGAGGGAGCUGUGGUGCGGGAGCGUCUCGCCCGACCAGUGGUGGCACAUGACUCGUCGCUACUCCCACUCCAUGGCUGUGAUGAGCACCAUCGGUUAUAUCAUUGGCUUAGGCGACCGUCAUUUGGAUAACGUGUUAGUGGACCUGACGACGGGUGAAGUGGUGCACAUCGACUACAACGUGUGUUUCGAGAAGGGCAAAUCGCUGCGCGUGCCCGAGAGGGUGCCCUUCCGCAUGACGCCCAACCUGCGAGCGGCUCUCGGCGUCACCGGCCUCGAGGUGAGCUCUCCCCACCCGCUAGCCCCGCCCAAUUAA